AUUACCAUUCAUUAUAGCAGUUAUGUCAAUCUUUUAUGCACUCGUGGGAUUAACUUAGUGCUAGGGCAUUGAAUAUCGAACAAUACGUCAAUUUCAAUGAUUUUGGGUUUUUUUGAGACACCCUGUAGAAGCGAAAGUGAUUCAAUACCUAAACGCAAAGCAGUAUGGCUACUGCGUCAGAUCCUGCUCCUGUGAAGCAAUGGGAGAUGCUGUUAGAGUGCUCCAUUUGCAAUGAAACACUAACACAACCACGAACAUUGUCAUGCUUCCAUUCGUAUUGUAAACACUGUUUAGAGACUUUUGUUGCGACUCACCGCAAGAAAGCAGUCAAAACGAAAGCCAAAGUACCAGAGGUCUUUGAAUGUCCAUUAUGCAGAACCGAGUUUCACGUCAAAGAAGAUGAAAACGUCGAGAAAAUUCCGUCAAACCACUUUAUCAACAACAUGCUGGAAUUACUCACCCUUCAGCAACAAGCUCAACGUAUUAAAUGCCAGUCAUGUAAAGCCUGGCACCAGCAGAUGUGUAACGUGUGAGAAUUACCUGUGUGCAAAAUGUCUAGAAGCCCACAACAACUGGCCUGCCUUUGAAGACCAUGUUGUGUUAACGUUGGAAGAAUUGGCAAAGCCAGAAAACCGAGCGAAAGCAACAGGCAAACCUGGUUGUGAGAAACACGAUAAAGUUCUCAAGUUUUAUUGCGAAACAUGCAAAGUCCUUGUUUGUCGAUACUGCGCUGAUGUGAAUCACUUACGCCCUGAACAUACGUGGUUCCCUUUGGCAGACGUUGUUGUACAGCACAAGGAAGCGUUGAAGACUUCGUCCGCCAUCUUCGAGCAGCAAAGGAACGAAGCUGUUCAAAGCAAUCUGAAGAUAGAACACGCCAUGGUAACCCUGAAGAAUAACAAAGCGAAAGCCAAAGACGCCAUCAUGCAGCAACAACAGGAAAUCCUGAAUGCAUUUACCAAGAAACUCGAGGAGGAAGCGACGGUCUUGCUUGACCAGGUUGACAUGAAAUACAAGGAAGUUAACGAGCCCCUGGUGAAACAACAAGCCGACGUGAAAGCUUACUUGGCAAAAACGAACAGCUCGCUGGAUUUUGCCAAGAAUAUCAUUUCCAAUGGAAGCGACGAGGAAAUCCUCUCCCUCAAACACCAGGUAGAAGAAAAAGCUGGGAAUAUUGAGAAAGAACGACCAGAAUUAAUGGAGCCAGUUCACAACGGGGCCAUUGGAUAUCAAGCAAAAGCAAGCAACAAUGUCCUCGAGAAUGUAAAGCUGAAUGAUUUAGGAAAUGUACUAAUGUAUAGAUAUUGACCCAUUGUAUUUUACGCCGAUUAUAAUUACAAGAGCAACCGAUUUUAUUAACAAUCACUGUAUUUUAAACCCUAAAUUUAUCGAUGUUAUAUUUAAGAAAUAGAAAACAUUUUCCGUGUUUCUAUAGAGUUAUAGAAACACGCGUGAAAAUUUGGGAGAAACGAUAAAUUGCGUGGGAACACAAAGUGCGAGUGUUUCCACGCAAUUUCGAGUUUCUCCCAAACUUUCACAAGUGUUUCUAUAAACUCUAUAGAAACACGGAAAAAUGUUUUCUAUUUCCUUUAUUAAAUAG